AUGCGGCUCGCCCUCGCCUGCCUCGCGAUCGCAUCCGGCCAUGCCUUCCGCGCGCCCACGUCGACCCUGCGCCCGACGCGGUCCUGGGCGGCGCCGAAGCGCCCGACGACGGCCCUCGCCGUCGCCGCGGACGCCGGCGCGAGCGACCGCCAGCUCGGCGUGCGCGUCGGCGGCGCGUUGGCGCUCUGCGGCCUCGACGAACUCUGCCGCGUCGCGUUCCGGGGCACGGGCCUGCCGCACAGCCUCGCGGGCGGCGCGGCGCUCGUCGCCGCGCUCGUCGCCGGUCGCGGCGCGGGCGAGCGGGCCCACGCCGCGGUCCUCGCGCCCGGCGCGGCCCUGGUGCUCGCCUGGAUGCCCGUCUUCUUCGCGCCGUCGCUCGUCGCGCUGCCCCUCGCGGCGCCCGUCGUGUCCAGUCCCGCGGACGCCGCGAGGCUCGCGGCGGUCGUCGUCGGCGGCCUCGCGCUGUCCCUCGCGUCGACGGCCUGGAUCGCCGGCCGCUUCGACGGCGCGCCGCCGGCGCCCCAACAGGCCGUGGCCGCCGGGCGGCCGGGCGUCGCCUUCGGGACGCCGCUCCGGGCGCCGCUCUGGGUCUUGGCGGCCGCGGGCGCGGCCGGCGCGGUGGCCACGGAGCUCCGCGCGCCGCUCCCGCUCCGGGCCUGCUUCGUCGGCGCGACGCUCGCGAGCUUCGUCUCCGGCACGCGCCUCACGAAGGCGCUCGCCGCGUCGGACGCGAAGGCGUUCAAGGUGGCGGCGAAGGCCCUCCACCCCGUCGCGGUCUGCGCUGUAACGACGUCCGCCGUCGCGCGGCUCGUCGCGCGCCUCGCCGGCGCCGACGCCGCCGGCGCGUUGCGGGCCUACGUGGCCCUCUGCGGCGCGCCGCUCCAGCGCCUCCUGGGCCCGUCCGUGCUCGCGCUCGCCGUCGGCGUCUACGGGCGCCGGCGCGACGUCGCGGCGAACUGGAAAGCCGUCGCGGCGACGACGGCCGCGGGCGUGGGCGUCGGCCUCUACGGCACGGCGCUCCUCGCGCGCGCCGCCGGGCUGCCGCCCGCCGCGCGGCUCGCCCUGCUGCCGCGGUGCAUCACGAGCCCGCUCGCGAUCGCCGUCUGUACGUCGCUCGGCGAGGACCACGCGGCGGCCGUGGCCCUCGUCGUCGUCACGGGCGUCCUCGGCGCCGCGGGCGGGCCGCCGGCGUUGACCGCGCUCGGGGCGACGAAGCCGCUCCCGCGCGGCCUCGCGAUGGGCGCGGCGGCCCACGGCAUCGGCACGGCCCAGAUGGGCAGCGAGCCCGAGGCCCAGCCCUUCGCCGCCAUCGCCAUGUCCCUCGUCGGCGCCGCCUCCGUCGUCGCCGCGUCCCUCCCGCCGACGCGCGCGGCGCUCCGCGCGGUCGCCGGCGUCUAG